GCGUUGGAACUUGGCUGCCGCUCUCUCGCCGUCACUGCCCGACCGUUUUGGGCCCCCGACAUUCGCACGAACUCCCGCCAUGGAAAGGCCAAACACACACACACAAACACACACACACACACAUACAUACAUACGCAGAUAUAGUGUGACAAUGGGCAGCCCAACAGCAGUGCGUCUACUGCCUAGACAGCUCAGCUUCCAAGCUUUGGUCUUGCUUGUUGUCUUUGCCCUUUGGUCCUUCGAACAAGUUGCCGCGGAACCGGUGCAGUAUCCAGUCCUCCAUUCUAUUGGCCGACAGAAUCCCGUCGAACGCGGGCAUAUCACCGUGGAUGCAGCUUCAACGAAACGCAGCGUCAACAAGUACGUUGCGGACGACAACAAAGCGCAACCGGCUGAGCUUGUGAACAAGGGAAGUUCUGGAGAUCAGACGGAACUGUACAGGGUUUCUGUUCAAGUAGGGCAAGGCAAGACCCUAUCUGCCGCGGUUCCUGUGUGCUUGUUGAAAGCAUCAAACUUCCGGGAGCAGAUUACCUUGCAUCUGGAUUCCGAAGGCAAACCAUGGCACCUGGACUACCUAGUUUCCGCCUCAACGUGCGGUCCUUCGUCUAGGCAAACGCAGCGCCCACCACGUACGCAGGUGUUCCUUGAAAGGGCGGUCGUCGGAGCAAGACCACGCCUUGAGCAAAUCGUCGAAAACACGCCAGAUGGCAAGGCCCCACCGGAACCCACCUUCUUGCAGAAGUACUGGUAUUAUAUCAUCCCCGUCGUCCUCAUGGUCCUUUUGUCAGGUCAGGAGGAGCCUGCUAAGAAGUAGUGACCUCUGCGCCAAACAUUUGAGGAGGGGUCCGGGUCUUACUAGAUAAACGCUCCGAACGAUUCCAUCACUCAACCAACCAGGCACAAAUUAUCUCAAUUAGAUAGGGGGGGCGAAGUUCACGGAGGCGCAAUGGUUUAGAGUACUCGGCCAAUGCAGUGAGCACGAAAAGGAGUUGAUCGUAUAGACUUCUGUGUCCGGCAAAUGAGUUUCGCUUCUGCCCAAAUGUCCCUACAAUGUCCCCCAAAUGUCGCAAUAUAGAGCAUCGUAAGGGAAACGGCGU